AGAAGUUGUGUUUUCUUAUCCUCAUCACACAUCAAGCAAUCACAAAACAAGCCAACCAUCAAAGUCACAGCACCAGUGACUUCUAUCAAACUUAAAAAAAUCCCUGUCGACGAAUCAACUACACGAUCUUCUUUCAAACAACUACCGCCAAAAUGACCCAGUCCAAGGCCGAUAAGAUCAGCGAGGUCCAGUCCAACCUCCCCCUCCCCGAGCAGCCCCCCGUCGCCUCCGACUGGCAAUCCGCCGACGCCACAAAGGUCAACGUCGGCAGCGGCGGUGAUGCCGAGACGACUGUUGGCACUGGCACCGGCGCCACCUCCGGUCUGAGAGGUCCCGCCUCCAAGGCCAACGAGGACCUCAGCAACGUCGGUCGUCAGGCUACCGAGGGCCUGAGCGGUGUCCCCAAGGAUGCUGCGAAAUAAGAACAUUUUCUAGGAAACUUGUUAAGCGAUGGAUAUACCAAAGAUUGAUACUGGAUGGAUGGGCGAACGCUUUUGUAUUACUAGAGAGUACGGCAUGAUAUGAGUAAAUGACAUGGGCAUGACAUGCCUUUACCGACAACGCGAUGUUCGUUCCGUGAUGGCCAGAAAUCGAUGUAGGUUCAAACGGUGAGAAUAUACGUCUGAACUUGAGAUUGUUGCAUGGGGACUUCUUCCUGUGACGGAUGAGAUCUUGAGUGAUUCCUGGCAGCUCAUCAUGCCAUUUGGGACAUCUCCGACUUGGCGUGAUCCCGUGGCAUGCGUCACUGAAUUGCAAAAUCUGGAUUUAGACGAUAGACAUUGGACAUAGCAUCGCCAACUCUUUACGCCAGUCCCGUCUAAAUUGAACUAGCAACUCCAUUUUGGGAUAUAGCUCCUCCAUAAAUAUAUGAUGC